AUGUGUGAUUUUUUUGAGGACACCUCAGCCAAAGUGGACUGCCAGUUUGGCAACUAUGCCCUCCUCAGUAACAUCGGGAGGGGCUCCUUUGGACAGGUGCGAGUGGCCCGGCACCUCCUAACCAGCAUGAAGGUGGCGGUGAAAAUAGUCAACUGUGAAGAUCCCGCAGACGUGGCCGAAGAAAUUUAUUGUCUGAAAGAACUAAACCACCCGAACAUCAUAAAAUUAUUUGAGGUGGUCAACACCAACCACCAGGUAUACAUGUUUAUGGAAUAUGCCUGGGGAGCCCCAUUCCGGCAGCUGCUGUCGGCCGUCCAGUACUGUCACCAAAAACAUAUCGUCCACCGGGACAUAAAACCCGAAAACAUCCUGCUGGACAUUGGGUUGAAUAUAAAACUGGCUGACUUCGGACUGAGUGCUGUGUUCAUGGAGGAAAAACUCAGCACCUUCUGUGGCACUCCCAACUAUAAGGCCCCAGAAUUGUUCCAGCUUGAACCAUACGACGGCCCGAAGGUGGACGUCUGGAGCAUGGGAGUCGUGCUCUACAAGAUGCUGACCGGAGUACGUCCGUUUGUGGGAGAAACCUUGGAACAACUCACGGAGCACAUCUUGAGUGGGGACUUUUCUAUUCCGUCUUUUCUAUCUGUACCGUGCCACACACUAUUAAAGACGAUGAUCGACAUCGACCCCGGCCGAAGACCGACCCUGGGAAUUAUUAUGCAAGAUGGCUGGGUGAAUAUCGGGGAGGCAGAGGAAAUGACCCCAUACAUAGAACCACCGUGAACUGACAUAGACCCCCAGGUCACUGACAUCAUGAGG